AGAGUAUCCCUGGGCAUACUAACACCGACAAACAAACCUACGGUGAAGCGAGUGUUUAUUGUUAUGUUAUACAAUGAACUACCCGUCAGUCGCAAGGCGGGUUAUAAAUACAUUAGCUGCACUAAGCCGACUGUAACGUACAAGGACAGGACAGGCUUGAAUCACGUGAUAUACCACAGUCAACGGGGACGCUACUGACCUGAACUGAAACUGUUUAUGUUGCAGGGAAACAUUGGUGAUCUGCCAAAUGACAUGACAACGCUGAAACAUGUGGAUUUAUGGAUCAAUUGUGUUUUUAAGCUGUCUGACUGUUCAAGGUGAAGAGGAAUGUGAGCCUGGAAAAUAUGGGGAUGGUUGUAGUAAAAGUUGUUCUCAAAACUGUAAACCUCUUCCAAAUGGCAUAGUGCUCUGUCACAAAGAAACCGGAAAAUGCUUGGAAGGAUGCACAAUAGGUGUGUACGGUGACCAGUGUGAUGAACCGUGCAGCAAACAUUGCCUAGAAAACACCUGCAAUCAGCACAACGGACACUGUACUCUAGGCUGUAUAGGAAAUCACAUCGGCGUCUUCUGUGAGAAUUACAAUGGGAUUAUUACCGUGCAUCAAGGUACUACCUCUAGCAGUCAUACCACCGUUACCACAGGUGUGGCACCGACAAGCAGUUCCCAGGUCGUCAUUCCAGUUGUUGUAGCAAUACUUGUCCUUAUCCUCAUCCCUGUGGGCGCAGUGGUUAUCAUCAUAUGGCGCAGAAAAAAGAAGAAGAAGAAGAAGAAGAAGAAGAAGGAAAGUCAACGUGACCCCGACGUUAAGGUGGGAUUUCUCCCAGGUUCUCCUCAAGAUGGUCAGUAUUUGAUGAAAGAAAUACAAGAGAUAAAAGAGAUGAUGAUGUCAAUGCGGAGGCCUGGUGCUCCUCAACCCUCGAACUGCAGUGUAUUCUGUGAGUACAAGCUGUGAUGAGGA